GGGGUCGGCCGUGAGGCUUUAGGGCGGCGGAGGGCAGCAGCCGCUCUCUGAGCGGAGGCGGUGCGGGAGGCGGCGCUGCCCGUCAUGGAGGAGCUGGGCUGGCUGGCGGCGCGGCUCAGCGCGGCGUGGCUCGCGUUGGUGUUCGCCCUCAUCGUGCUGCCCUCGGCGUUGGGCGUCUCGCUGGGCAUCUCUGAGGCCUAUAUGUGGGUGCUGGUGAAGACGCUGGAGUGGGCCACUAUACGGAUAGAAAAAGGUGUCAAGAAGCCCCAGCCAGAGGUGCUGAAGACUCCUGCUGCUAAUGGUAUCAUAGAAAGAGAUGAAACGCCUAUGGAGAAAGAAAUUGCAGGUCUACAUCGAAUGGAGUUCCAGUUCUCCGACAUAUUCUAUUUCUGUAGAAAAGGCUUUGAGGCCAUUGUGGAAGAUGAAGUCACCCAAAGGUUUUCCUCUGAAGAGCUGGUCUCCUGGAACCUCCUCACAAGGACUAAUGUCAACUUCCACUACAUCAGCCUGAGGCUCACUGUUGUGUGGGUCAUUGGAGUUAUGGUGCGGUACUGCUUCCUGCUGCCGCUACGCUUUACUCUUGCUGCUAUUGGGAUUACCUCAAUGAUUGUGGGGACAACGCUGGUAGGUCAGCUGCCAAACAGCAGUGUGAAAAACUAUCUGAGCGAAGUGGUCCACCUCACGUGCUCCCGGAUCCUUGUCAGAGCUCUGUCUGGGACUAUCCAUUACCAUAACAGGGAAAACAAACCUCAGAAAGGAGGCAUUUGUGUUGCCAACCACACAUCACCCAUAGAUGCGAUCAUUUUGACCAAUGAUGGAUGCUAUGCAAUGGUUGGCCAGGUUCAUGGUGGACUAAUGGGAGUCAUUCAGAGAGCAACUGUGAAGGCCUGUCCUCAUGUCUGGUUUGAGCGCUCAGAAAUUAAAGACCGCCAUCUAGUGACAAAAAGGCUCAGGGAACAUGUGGCAAAUAAGAGCAAGCUUCCAAUCUUAAUUUUUCCAGAAGGCACCUGUAUAAAUAAUACAUCUGUGAUGAUGUUCAAGAAAGGGAGCUUUGAAAUAGGAGGGACAAUCUACCCUGUUGCAAUCAAGUACGAUCCUCAGUUUGGAGAUGCGUUCUGGAACAGCAGCAAAUACAACAUUGUCAGCUAUCUGCUGCGGAUCAUGACCAGCUGGGCCAUUGUUUGCAAUGUGUGGUACAUGCCACCCAUGGUUAGAAAGGAAGGAGAAGAUGCUGUUCAGUUUGCCAACCGAGUGAGGUCAGCCAUUGCUCACCAAGGAGGACUGGCUGAACUUCCCUGGGAUGGAGGCCUGAAACGAGCUAAAGUCAAAGAUAGUUUCAAGGAAGAACAGCAGAAAAACUACAGCAAGAUGCUAGUGAGAAAUGGAUCAAUAGGAAGUCUGCCUACAGGAACAGAGUCAGACUGAAUGGUGGCUCUUUGAAACAAAUAUCGCACAACCAGCCUUAGCAGGAGUAACAUUUUCUUUUUCUAAUUUAACACAGAAACCAGAGCAACAAAAUCCCUUGUGUGCAUAUUCACUGUAUGGCAGAGCCUUCCAAGAGCAGUAUCCCUGUAUCUCUCCCUCUUCACUAUUCACUUCUCUGCUCAUCUGCAUCUUCAUGCAUUGAGGUGCUGCGGCUCCGAGUAUUCUCAAAUGGAACACGUGAAGGAGUUAAGGGACAAAAGGGAAGAAAAAAAGCACCCAAGUUGUCCUGAGCUUUUAAGGAUGAAGGGAAGUACACUGAACAGAUGCUGUCAGGACACUGGUUAUGCAAAUACUUGUUGUUCAUGGUACUUCAAAGCUUUAAACAAUUUUCUUUUUCUGUUGCUUAAACUUCUUAGAAGUAGACCUAUUAAAUGUUUUAAGAUGGUGUCAGAACAGUAUCAUGGACUGUUCCUGUAAGCUUGCACCUGGAUGGGCAAGGGGAAAGGGAAGCAAGGACUACAGAACUCAAAGGAUAGGAAAGGAGCUGCCCUGCCAAAAGCACAGUUCAAAGAUCAUGAGGAAUUUGGUGGCCUUAAAACAUGGAAUUGCCUUUACUGAGAACUGCUACCAGAGGGAAGAAAAGGGGCAAGUCAUCAAUCUCACUGCCUGCUGCUACUGAUCAAGUCAUUUUCUUUAGACCACAAACUGGAAAGGUAAGAUAGAGUAAGCAGCUGGAUAAUGUAGGAUUUGACAGAUGUAUUGUUUUUUUUAAGACUACCCUUCAGCAGAAAUUGCUGCUAAAGGCUUUAAAGUCUAAAGAGCCCCUGCCAAAAUAGAUUUCUGUGGUGUUUUGGGCUAGCAAUAGCUACAACUGUAAGCAUAGGGAUCUGUAAGUCAUCUAUGAUACAUGAAGUGGCAUGUUCAAGGUUGCAGUAUCUUGCUGUCUUAAUGUAAAGAGUAAAUAAAUUCUAUAUUUC